AUGAAUGCGCCCCCCCCAGCGUAUCAUUCAGCGACAUUGGACUGGACAGCAUUCACGGGAGAAGUUUAUGAAGCUCGCAGUUUAGUUUUUUCUCAGGGAAUAGGGCAGCUGGCUCAACUCGAAAAACUCCUCAACUUAGUUGGGCAAAGCUUUGGACUGACCUCUCAGUGCCCGGCCGCCCUCGCAACUACAAGUUACAGCCUUGCAGAAGUCCUCGCAGUCAAUGCGAGUCCUCACACUACAAGAAAGCAAUUGGCCCUUCUACAGCUCGCCUUGGCAGCAUUCCCACAAAAGGCCCAUGGAGAGUGCACCCAAUGGCCGUUGCGUGGCCGUGAUAUAGUUGCAGGGUUCUCGCAGCUGGGCACUAUGCUGUUCCCUUUGCAUCCUGCAGAGGAACAGCGGAGCCACUCCAAGGUCGCCAUCGUUAGCGCUUGCGCUGGCCUUCAUGGUGAUGUUGUCCGCUUCACUGCACAAGAAAACUUCGGUAUCUACGCUCAUCGGCAUGGCUACGACCUCCAUUUUUUCGCAGAUGCUCGAGAGCUACUGAAUAGAUACCACACUCUCAACCUAAGCUCAUCCAAUGCACCGGCAUUUUGGCGGGCGUAUGCAAUGCAAGUGGUCCUUGACAUGCCCAUAGUCUAUGACUGGAUUAUGUGGAUUGAUUGCGAGGCUGUUGUAACGGACGUCAACCGCAAUGUGGAUGUCAUCCUCUCCAAUCAUGGUGUACCUCCAGACGGCCAGAUGCUUGUGACCGCCGACGGGUGGGGCACACAGCCUUGGAUCAUAUUGCUGAAGGGCGAGCCCAAGAAUUGGAGCCGAAACUUCCUACGAAAUUGGACGACUCUCCCAUCGAGCGAUUUCUUGCAUGGAGCCACCCGGUCUCCACCGGAGCUUCGCCAUCCAGAGCGCAUCGCUUUGCAACACGCCGUCCUUCCUCACUGGCACUUCUGGUUUGAAGACAUUCCAUUUUUAGAUUUUGGAGAGUCUUUUAGUUGGAAGUCCGAAAUCUACCUCUCCGUGAGCACUCUUGUUACUUUUGAGUCUGACCAGGGGCUUGAGCAUGCUGGUGGCCGCAAGUGGGAAAGUGGCGACUUUUCAUGGAUAAAUUUGCAGUGUCAUGGUCGCUUGGGGCGUGCUGCGGGAUGUGAGAAUCGCAGGCAACACUUCUUGAACAGUCUGGGACACUGA